AUGCCUCUGUGGGAAGCGGACGCCAAGUUUCCUGGUCAGCAGGGAAAGGGCCUUCCACCGGAACAGACGCCAGAGAACCCCGGCCAGGUGUAUCCCAAUUCCUCUCCAUCCCGUGCGCAAGGUCUUUUCACGUAUGAGAGCAUAGCAUCUAAAUGGCAUAUAGCUGCGUCCCAAGCAGAACAUUGGGAUCGCCCGCACCCUCCCGGUGUAAACGAUUCAAACACAUCGCCCGCCCAAACAAGGCGGCCUGAUCUCGUCAAGAGCACAGACGCGGUGCCUGGUAACGGCCACCCGAGGGGGGGAGAUGACCCUAGCAGUUUUGCGAGCAAAGACCAGAGGGAGGAGGAAGAUAAUCCGUGCAUUGAUAGUAAGAUAGGCAUGUUGUUUGCAGAUUAG